GCUAUAAAUACAGAUAAUUAGUAUCUCCUUCUCUAUGGACCAGGCAGCUGAAAAGUUGGACCGUGUGUCUCUGUAUCAUCACCCGGUUUCGAAAUUCUCAUCGCAUUGGAUAACAGUUUGUGUUGCAGGAGUGUUAGUCUGGAUGGGCAGGAUAUAUAAAUGGGAGGGCAGUUGUAUCCUAGCUGAGUUCAGCAUUUGUUCUUUUACUGUCAUUACUCUCCCAUAUUACUUUGUAAUUUUCUGUCAAAGAGCACUGAGAGGUGUUCUCUCCUCUAAGAACCUCCCUUCUUCUCCUUGCCUGACGAUCUGUAGACCAUGAGUGGCCGUGACCUGGUUCUCCCCAGCCCUCAGUUUUGUCGGGAUGUGAGGUGGGAUCCCUCUCAGCACUGGCUCUCCCCGAGCCUCGUUUUCGGCCAGGAAUUCGCUUCACCCCCAUUCUCUGACACGGGUGACCUCACCUGGACCCGGCGGUGCCUGGGCAGUUCCUCCUGGCCUGGGUACACACUCUCUCACUUCCUCACCCCGUCCACUCAGGCACUGCUCUACCCAAGCUUCAGACUGCUGAAGCAGUCCUGGGCUGGAUUGUCCGAGGUUAGGAGCAGCCAGGGAAUGUGGACCAUCAGCCUGGACGUCAACCAGUUCUCGCCGGAGGAGAUUACGGUCAGGAUGAAAGAGGGCUGCUUGGAGAUUACAGGGAGCCACGACGAAAGACGGGACGAGCAUGGGUCUGUGACCAGGUGUUUCACCAGAAAGUACAACCUUCCAGACAGCACUGACCUUGAGCAGAUGAGGUCCUAUCUGUCCGGAGAUGGCGUGCUGUCUGUGGAGAUCACAUUGGCUGCUUCAGGAGACCUGGCCCCCCAAAAGACUGUCAUACCUGUCCAGGUAGGAGAGAGUCCUGCGCCUCUGAAAGAGGAGGGCGAAGAAAAAGUGGAGAAGAAGAAGGUGGAGGGGACAGUAGAGGGAAGUUCCAGUGAGGACAAAAUGAGUGAGGUCACAGACUCACCCACCGCAGCUACACAGGCGUCCGGAGAGGAGCCAGGAGUCGAGGAACCCCAACCUCAGAUUCCCGGCGUUAUCUCAGCCGAAUCUCCUGGGGGGCAGCAGGGCGAACAGCCAGCUGGCACUGGGGAGGGUGCAGCAGGGCCCAGUGACCAGCAGGUCCCCUCAGAGCAGGUAGCUGGGGACCAGGAUGUGGGGGGUUCGAUCCAGAGACAAGAGGAGCAGCGGUCCUUUGGUGUGGAGAAGGAUGACACCCAGCAGGAGGCCUGGGGACAACCGGAGAGCCCGGAGCAACCAGGUUUAGCCCAGAGAGAGCAGGAGGGGAUAAUCCAGAAGGAGGCUGCUCUACAGGCCUCUGAGGAACCUCCAGCUGAGGGUGUGGAGCCAGUUCCCAGCCAAUCAGACACAUCCCAGCACCCUGAGCUGGACGUCCUGGAAAAACAGGACGCUGAGCCAGCAGUGGAGCAAUUCACAAAGUCCUAACUGCACUCAGGGCUUGCCAAUCCACCUGCCGCCUCCACCACUAUGGUCUGCCCUGCUACAGCCAAAUGUCUUAGACUAAACAGCCCCAUAGGUUAAAAGCAUGGAGCUCCAAUGCUUCUCUGGAGCACUAAUAAACUGAUGCGAAUCACACUCCAGCUACUGAAGUGUCAUUCAUUUCCUGCUGUGAUCUCUUUGGCUUGUCAGCUUCAGAUUCCCGCAGAACAGACAAUUAAAAUUGACUUCUCCCAUUAGAAGUUUGUUCUUUGUGAUUUAUUGUCUCCCAAGUCAGCUUUGUUCAUAUGACAGUGUAGCACAGUGAUCCCCUUUUGAUAUCUGAUACAGCUCUGGGCUCAUUUUAAUGGAAGUAUUCCAAGAUCCUGUACAAAUCCUAUAUAGAGGGACAUUACUUAAGAUAUUGUGGGCAAUCAUUUACACAUUUAAAAAUCAAAACAAAAUCAUGCACAAGUUUAUUAUAACUGUAAAUGUUACAUAUUUCUGAAAAUUCAGUUUUGGGAAAA